ACGACAGUUUUUGACAUAUACCGCCUCGUGUUAUCGAAAGUUGUGUUGAAAUCAAAAGAAGUCAUAUUAAAUUUGUUUAAAUACGUCGCUGGUUACCGUUUCAUUAUGGAGAACAACAAUGAUCUAAGAGGAAUGGACAUGGGCCUAUCUCGAGCUGAUAUGUUGGAACAGCUCGAAAAAAGACUAAUAUUUCUGCCCGCCGGCAAGGAUAUGCCGCUGGAACGUGUGGAGGAUAUCUAUCGCAAUUUCAUAGUUCCCAAGCCCAAGAGAGAGCGCAAGCAGCGCAUUCCAAGCCCCAAUCCCGAUUUCAAUUACAAUUCCAAUUCCUUCGAAAUAGAGCAGCUAACGGAGCGCAUCAAGUCGGUUGUCAUAGUGGGACAGAAACGAGCGCAUGGUGAGAAAAAUAGCGACGACCAAGCCAAGCAAAUCAAGAUGGACCAGGACUGACCCCAUGCUGAUUGGCGAUAACACAAAUGGAGGCAACAAUCCAAUCAGGCAAAUUUCCAAUCACACUCCCAGCUCGACCAGCAGACAAACAAGAUGAUCCAGCUGAUCCACUUGCUUCUAUGUACUAUUCCUAUCGUUGUGGGCGAGGUUCUGCCCCUGCAACUCGAUUUGGA